AUACCAUCAUAUGAGCCAAAUAUUCCUGAACCGACAUGCAGAGCUGAUCUCAUCAAACACUGGUUUAACCUUUCCCUGGAUGACAAAACAGCAAAUAAGAUGCUUUGGAUCACAGAGGGCGGGACAAAGGUGGCCCGAAUGACAGAUGAGGUCACUUGUCCUGUCUUGGAUAGAGCAGAGCGAUACGAGUACGCACCACAGGUUCUCUGCAACGAAGGCAUCCUGGGCUUCAGGGGCUACUGGGAGGCCGAGUACACAGGAUGGGUGGUGAUUGGGGUGGCAUACGAACGAGCAGGGAGGAGGAACAGCCAAGGAGCCUGUGGCCUGGGUGAAAACGAGGAGUCCUGGGGUCUGGGCUGGAGCGGCUCGAGCUAUUAUGCCUGGCAUAACAGCCAGAGUGUAGAGAUCCCAGAUGUUUCAAAGUCCUCCACAAUUGGUGUUUACCUUGACCAGCCUGCUGGUGUCCUAAAUUUCUACGCUGUGGAGGAGGUGAAGGAGGGAGAGGAGAGCACAGGGGGAAAGGAGGUUAAACUUUUGCAGCAGAUUAAGAGCACCUUUAAGGAGAAGAUGAUACCAGGUUUCUGGGUGGGGACACAGUCACACUGUUUGAUUGUAAAGCAGGAGGAAUAAAUUCUGACUAUACUUAUAUUUUCAUAUUAUAAGGUGAAACUAUCUGUUUCUAUAUUAUUAAAGCUAUCAUUGAGGCAGCUUUACACAUAAGAUGACUGGACAACAGCAACAUGGUAAGGUUAACUUUGUCUUCCAUGCCAUUAAAACAAUAACCAUCAUGAUUUAGGCUGCAUAAAUCCUUUGCACACAGCAUUAUCUUUAAAACAUAUGUAGGUGUGUUUUGAUUAAAGAACAAUCAAGGAUGAGAUAAGUUGGGAUUCAACCCUCUACUGUUUUUAGACUUUCCUUAACCCACUGGACCACUCAAAGCUAUAUGUAUGUAUUUGUAUUCCUUCAUUGUUAUUGUUUGAUAACACUGUGUAAGGUUAUCUAGUUUGGUAUAGAUGUAUAAAGAAUGUUACAUUUGCAAAAGUGUGAAUAAUAAAUAAAACAAUGA